AUGUACAGUUACGUUCAGAAGUUCGUUCGCUCGUGCCCCGAUUGUGAGCGCCGGAAAUCUUCACCGUGCCUCUCGCCAGCAGGUCUGCAACCGUUAUCUUGCCCUAGACGGCCGUUCGGGCACGUCGGCACGGAUUUUUAUGGGCCACUUCCCCUGACAUCUGCUGGUAACCGCGGGGCCAUCGUAGCAGUAGACCACCUCACGCGAUACGCCGAAACUAGCGCUCUCCCAGUGGCUACAGCGUGUGACGUUGCUUCCCUCCUGCUUCGCCAAUUCAUACCGAGUCAUGACCCACCACAGGAGUUGCUCAGCGAUCACGGACGUGUGCUCUUGUCGGAACUCAUCGAAGCCACCCUCAAAGAGUGCGACGUUGUGCACCGCACAACUACUGCUUACCAUCCACAGACCAAUGGCCUCACAGAACGCUUUAACAGUACGCUUGGCAACAUGCUCGCAAUGCACGUAGCCUCCGACCACACAAAUGGCAUGCCAUUCUGCCUUUCUCAACCUACGCCUACAAUACCGCCACUCAGGGCACCACUGGCAUUUCACCAUUUUUCUUAUUGUACGGCUGGCACCCGUAGCCCACAGUCGACACAAUCCUUCCGUACAAGCCGGAUGCAACUUAGUACGCGCCUAUUUCUGCUACAGGCCAGACAUGCCGAAGAGUGUCGAGAUCUCGCGAGGGCCUUUGCUUCAAAUGACCAAGAGCGGCAGCAGAGCUUUCGUGGGGACACCACUUCUGCCCUCACGUUCAUCCCCGGAGCGCUUGUGGGGCUCUCGGUCGCUUCCACUGCACCUGAACUCCCGUCAAAACUACUUCCCAAGUAUGGAGGCCCCUACCGCGUCAUCGAACGCACAUUUCCUGUCAACUACGUGAUUCAGCCCGUUGAACGGUCUUCGGACAUGCGUUGUCGUGGACGAGACCUUGUCAAUGCCGACCACCUCAAGACCUACUAUAACCCACCCAUAGCGACAAGCUGUUAG